CCAAUGUACCCUUUUUCUUUUCUUGUACUACUCCAUCAAAGAAGCUCAUUACCUAGGCCUUUUCAAACACCUCUCUCUCUCUCUCUCUCUCUCUCUUCCAAUGCCUUCAAGAGUCUCCGAUGCCUUUAGAAGCCACCCUCUUCACUUUAACCACCACAAGCAUUUGGACUUCAACUCCCUAAAAGAAUUACCUGAAUCCCAUGCAUGGACUACUUCUCCACUCGACCACUACCCCUGCACUGACCCUAUCAACUCUACUACUAAUACUACUAUCGAAUCAGUGCCUGUUAUCGAUCUAAAUGACCAAAAUGCCCUUGACCAAGUGGGCCAUGCAUGCAGGACAUGGGGUGUGUUCCAAGUGUCGAACCACGGAAUCAAAACCAGCCUCCUCCACGAGGUUGAAUCCGCUGGGAAGAGGCUUUUCUCUCUCCCGAUACAGCAGAAGCUCAGGGCCGCCCGAUCGCCGGACGGCAUCUCCGGAUACGGCGUGGCACGGAUUUCUUCGUUUUUUCCGAAACUUAUGUGGUCCGAAGGGUUCACGAUCUUCGGAUCGCCGGCCGAACAAGCUCGCCGGCUUUGGCCCCACGGUUACUCCAAUUUCUGUGAUGUAAUUGAGGAAUAUGAGAAAGAGAUGAAGCAGCUAGCAGGGAGGCUGAUGUGGCUGAUACUUGGGUCAUUGGGCAUAGCCCAAGAAGAUGUCAAAUGGGCCGGCCCGAAAGGCGAUUUCACAGGGGCCAUUCAGCUGAAUUCUUACCCGGCAUGUCCGGAUCCGGACCGGGCCAUGGGUCUAGCUGCGCAUACGGACUCGACCCUGCUCACCAUUCUCUACCAAAACAACACAAGUGGGUUACAAGUCCUUCGGGAGGGAUCCGGGUGGGCCACGGUUCAACCCAUACCCGGCGCACUUGUGGUCAAUGUGGGGGAUCUUCUUCAUAUACUAUCAAAUGGGUUGUACCCGAGCGUGCUCCAUCGGGCCAUGGUGAACCGAACCCAACACCGCCUCUCCAUCGCCUAUCUAUAUGGGCCGCCCGCCAACGUUCUGAUCUCACCUCUUCCAAAACUAGUAGACCCGACCCACCCUCCUCUCUACCGGCCCGUUACAUGGGUCGAGUACCUAGGCACCAAGGCAAAGCAUUUCAAUAAAGCCCUCGCGUCGGUCCGGUUAUGUGGGCAUUUCAAUAAGGCCCUUUUGGCUGGAGAUGAUCAUUAAAUUAUUUUUUGAACU